AUGGGUAAGCUUGGAGGAUUGUGGGUGUCUCUCCCAUUUGGAUUUCUCUUGUUAUUUGCUUCUGCUUUGAUUGGUGCACCUGCUACCCAUGCCUGGAGUAAAGAGGGUCAUGUGAUGACAUGCCAAAUUGCACAGGCACUUUUAGAAGCUGAGGCAUCAGAAGCAGUGUACCAUUUGUUACCUGAGGAUGUCAAAGGUAACUUAUCAGCCUUAUGCAUAUGGCCUGACCAAAUAAGGCACUGGCACAAAUAUAGGUGGACAAGUCCUCUUCAUUUCAUUGACACGCCUGAUGAUGCUUGCUCUUUUCAGUAUUCAAGGGAUUGCCAUGACCCACAUGGCUUGGAGGAUAUGUGUGUUGCAGGUGCUGUCAAAAAUUUCACUUCCCAGCUUAUGCAUUACAGAGAGGGGACAUCUGAUCGGAGACAUAAUAUGACUGAGGCCUUAUUGUUCCUGUCACACUUCAUGGGAGAUAUACAUCAGCCUAUGCAUGUUGGAUUCACCACUGACGAAGGAGGGAACACAAUAGAACUACGCUGGUUUAGGCACAAAUCUAAUCUGCACCAUGUGUGGGACAGAGAAAUCAUUCUCACAGCACUGGCAGACUAUUAUGACAAGGAUGUCAGUCUCCUCCUCCAAGACAUUGAGAGGAACUACACAGAUGGAAUCUGGUCAGAUGAUGUUUCGUCAUGGAAACAUUGUAAUGAUAUCUCUCACUGUGUAAAUAGUUGGGCGAAAGAGAGCAUACAAAUAGCUUGCAAAUGGGGUUACGAAGGAGUUGAAGCUGGAACAACUCUAGCAGAUGAUUACUUCGAGUCAAGGAUGCCAUUUGUGAUGAAAAGAAUAGCUCAAGGGGGAAUUCGAUUAGCCAUGAUUCUAAACAAGGUGUUUAGUGACUCUGAAGAAGCACUCGCGACAGCAACCUAGACCUACAAAAGUUUAGUGGUUUAAAUUUGUUAAUAACCAAAGGGUCUAACUUCAUUUCUUCUCAUCUGUUAGUCAUUAUAUUUUUUACUCCUACCUCCAUUUGUUGUAAGAAAUUUC